AUUAGUUGGCAGCUGACAUCAUGAAGGAUUUUGCGGGGUUACAAUCGUCUUUCCUUCUGUGCGUGAUUUUGACUCUUUCUGAGCAAAAGUCAGGGCCCUGUGGAUUCCUUCCUCUAAACCCAUUAAACAGUGCCAUCUGCAGGGAAGGCAGCUCAUGACAUCCUGUUUGGAUAGAUGUGCAGUAACAGCAUGGAAGUCAGCAUCCUCUUUUAAAUGCAGUUGAAACGAGAGAUGGGGAAACUGACAAUGUUAAUGAAUGGGAGAUAGAGGUGAGGAUACACAUUGCAAAUGAAGACACGGCAGUAACUUCUACAACACAAUCUUGUGUCUAUAACCUGUUCUGAAACCUGGCUCCAGGUCAAACUUAGACGAACGCCACUGUUAAAUGACCUGCAACCUUUGCAAAACGAACUCUCUCUAGGAAUUGGCUGUCCUGUAAACAUGGUCGAGGUGGAUUUCUUUGGGUUCCUGUAUCUUCUAACUUUUUGUGGCAUCAGAGUGAGCGAACACGGAGUAGGUAUGCUCAUUGAAAGUUUAAUUGUAUAUGAGCCACCGAAUUUUGACUUCAAUUUACACAUCCCAGUAUCAUGCUAUGUGCAAAGAAGGUUUCCAAUAAUCUUAGUGAUGAGAAGGGGACAGAAUGACAACCGUCGUGAAUGCAGAAGGUCAGUGGGACAGCACUGCUCACUAUCACGCAAACUUGAAGACUUGGGAAUCCGUCCAAGAGUGCCAAGAGUGUCCUAUGUGAACAGUGUUCCCUUGUUGAGCUACCUAAUUGUAUCCCUUCCUAAGUGUAAGAACAAAGCUAUACAUUCUGGAUGAUGAGGCCACCCUAUUUCACGUGGUACUCUGGCCACUUGAGGAUUUCAUUGCCUUUUAG